AUGAAGCUCACGACCGGUAAUAAAACUGUGCAUUUUGGCAGCAUUUUGACACCUUCAAAGGCGCAAAUCAGCGAAUUGGAGUUGCAGCGGAGUGCCCAUAGCUUUGCCGCCGUUGGUCGGGAUAUCCGCGAGGCUACGCCUGAUCUAGACAGUGCUAAAGCACCAGGCGUGAACAUUUUCAUAAAGGAUGACUUCGGUGGCAUGGAAACCGGAGGUAGAGGAGUAACGGAAGGAGGAUCGCUCUUCUACGAUUUGGGGUAUGGUGAAGAUACUGUGGACAUCCACGACGAUCUUCAGUUAGGAGCUGCCGCUAAUAAUUCUGGUCAGUAUGAACAGCACGAAAGCUUCGCACUGGAGUCACUAAAAGCUAGUGCUUUCGAACGCCAGCAAAAACACAGAAGUAGGAAACGGCACCUUAUCAUUGACGAUCCGAAGAAUAUUGGAGUUGACGAAAUGAGA